AUGGCUCCGCGAACGUUCUUAGUGACUGGCACGUCCAGCGGUUUCGGCAACAAUUUGGUACAGGAGAUCCUCCGCCAACGCGAUAAUGUCGUCGCAACAUCUCGGGACGUGACACAGUUGAACUUCGCUAACGCCGAGUCGAACAACCUUCUAGCCAUUCCCUUGGACGUCACCAAUCCGGCUUCCGUCGAGAACGCCUUCAGCAAGGCUUUGUCUUCUUUUGGUCGCAUCGACGUCGUGGUCAAUAACGCUGGCUUCGGCCUCUGUGGGCCCCUGGAAGAGCUUGAUGACGAGCAGAUUCGUCAGCAAAUGGAGGUGAAUUUCUUUGGAUGCCUCAACGUCACAAGAACAGCCGUCAGGAUAAUGCGCGAACAGACACCAAGCGGCGGGUUGAUCCAGCAGAUCUCCAGUAUGGCGGGGCAAAAGGGUAUGCCAACGUUCAGCAUAUACUGUGCGACGAAAUGGGCGCUGGAAGGAUUUUCGGAGGCAGUUGCUGCUGAAAUGAAACCGGAAUGGGGCAUCAAGAUUAUGAUCGUCGAGCCCGGAGGCUUCCGCACGAACUGGGCCGGACCAUCGAUGAGCUUCCCAAAGUUGCGACUUGCAGCUUAUGACCAUCUUGACGCUAAGGAGAGGAUGCGGAAACGGCAUGGCACCCAGAUUGGUAAUCCUGCCAAAGCUGGCAGGGCGCUGUACAAAUUAGCUGUGAUGGAGAACCCGCCCUUGAGGGUUGCCCUGGGAUCCGAUGCAUAUCAAGUUGUCAUGGAGAAGCUCCAGGAGUAUCAGUCGUAUACAGCGUUGAAGGACUUCUCCCAUAGCACGGACUUUGACCACGAGGAGUGA